AUGCAGAGACUGAAGCCGCGCUCUGAAGGUGUAGUUUCGAACCUCCUGCAACAAAACUUAUCUGAGCGUGAAAUAAAGCCAAUAAUUCCUGUUGGCGGCAGCCAAAUUGCACGACUUCGAAAGACAAUAAAAUCUGGAGUUGAAGUUCUGCACACUCCUCACUGUUUGACAUGGAUUUUAGAGGACGGCUUUCCUUGCCCUCAUCGUCGCCCACGUCAGUAUUUUACUGAGCCUAAGGUGACCUGGAAGCUGCUACACGAACGCUAUUGUGAUGAAGUAACGCGAGCUGACCCAGAUAUACGUACCAUGAGCUAUGAGAGGAGUUACUCAGUACGUUCAUUUUUUUAUCCUGGUGAACGCUUGACGCGCACUAAGGAGGACGUGUGUGAUUGCUGUGUUCAAACGUACCCAUCUUGA